UCGAUGCACGGACAUCGACGAUCGCGCGGCGCGGGCGCCGGGAGGAGGACAGCGACGCGGGGUAGCGGAUGGACACCGGCUUCGUCACUUCGUGCAGCAACGCCGCCCGCGACACUUACUUGUUUAUCUUGUUUUACCUUUUUUAUAAACUUACCAAAUACUACAGUCCACUCUUUUAUUUAUACAUCACCGGUCUACCCCAGAGCAGUUCGAAACAUGGUCCUUUAGUUUUGUCAGCUUAAAACUCACCGGAAUAAAACCUGUACAACAAACUGUCGGCGUUGGUUGGCCAUUUAAAAACGAACGGACGUUUUACUGUUCACUACGUUGAAGCUGCAAGGAGUCGUGAAUAUUGGACUUCGGAAUAUUGGACGGAUUGCAUACCUGAGUGAGUUCGUUCCAAUCAGACAACCUUUAUUCCCUCAUAUUUUUGCCGUUUAGCGCAUUCAAUUUUUUACCUAAUUUUCGCCUCAAUUUGCCAAAAUAAAAACUACCCUCAUCUUACAAUCAAAAUUCAUUCUUAUUCUUUAAUUCUUAUUUAAUUAUUCUUAUUAUUUCUGUUUAUUUUGCUUAUUAUAAUACAUUAUGAGCCAACAUUCUGAGGAUUUAGAUACUCUUAUUAAGCGACGAGGUGCAAUUAAAGCCAAACUUACUAUUUUCAGAAAUUAUAUUAAACCUCUUAGUAGUUUUUCUAGCUUGACCGACUUACAACGUUUUGAGUUGGAAGGACGUUAUGAGCGUAUUCAGUGUUUAUACAACGACUUCGACAAGUUACAGACGGAGAUCGAGACGUUGUUGGACGCACCCGAUGACGACUUUAAAUCCCGGUGUGAGUUCGAGGACCAAUACCAUCCUACGGUGGCACUGGCGCGAAGCCUGCUUUCAGCAACUACCAACUCAGAAGGUUCAGCUAUGGUGAGAGUGCGUGGUGCCGAUGGCACUAAGCACCCCGCCCGAGUUUUGCUGGACAACGGUAGUACCGCCAACUUUGUCACAGACGCCUUUUCAUCCAAGCUUGGGCUGUCACGACACGAUACUAGCUCCACUACAAUCACAGGUAUAAACAAUCAGACCUCUUAUAGUACACAGUCUUGUAAUCUCACGCUCGAGUCCUAUUACGGUAAUUAUACAGUCGGCUUAGGUUGUCUAAUAUUGCCUGAGGUAACAAAAGUAUUGCCUUCGCGUUUCAUACCUAGAACUCAUGUCCCUCUGCCUUCGGGUCUACAUCUAGCUGACCCUACAUUCAACAUUCCGUCAGUCGUAGAUAUACUUGUAGGGGCUGAAAUCUUUUGGCAAGUAUUAUUACAUAAUACCAUCGAUUUAGGUAAGAAUCAACCUACACUUCACGAAACGAAAUUAGGUUGGAUUGUUUCAGGUCUUGUGGCUUAUUCUCCACGCCUUCAAUCUCAAUCUCACUUCUGUAGUCUUGUCAAAAACGACGUCAAUUUUAAUAUAGAACGUUUUUGGGAACUCGAUUCAGUUCCAUCAAAACACUCACUCACAAAUGAAGAAAAUGCAUGUGAGCAACAUUUUCUUCGUAAUACUUAUAGAAACGACGAUGGCCGCUUUGUAGUUUCUAUUCCAUUAAAAAGGGAUCCUCAAAUAUUAGGAGACUCUCUUCAAAUGGCUAUAAGUCGAUUUUUAUCCUUAGAGCGACGCUUUCAGCGUGAUUUGGGUUUCAAGCAGCGCUACGUAGACUUCAUGCAUGAAUACCUAAAGCUAGGGCAUAUGAUUAAGGAAAGUGAAGUUCGCAAUUUUUCAGAGUCUUCUACUGACAAGGGAGUCAGUUAUUUCAUGCCUCAUCAUGGAAUUAUUCGUGAGUCCAGCACAACUACAAAGCUGCGAACGGUCUUCGAUGCAUCUGCGAUCACAACUUCCGGCGUUUCACUGAACGACAUCCAAAUGAUUGGUCCUGUAGUGCAAGACGACUUACUUUCCAUAUUGCUGCGCUUUCGUCAGCAUAGAUAUGUAAUCUCAGGGGACAUUGAGAAAAUGUAUCGAUCUAUAGAGGUAAACCCCUCGCAGCGAUCUCUUCAGCGCAUUGUUUUCCGCAAUAAUCACAAUGCUCCCCUCAAAGUAUAUUGUUUAAACACGGUGACUUAUGGAACAGCAUCAGCGCCUUACUUAGCCACGAAAUGCCUGACCAGUCUGGCUUCGUCAGCUGUAAGUGAAGACGUCAAACAUGCAAUAAUUCACGACUUUUACGUUGACGAUCUUUUAAGCGGUAAUAGCACUCUCUCAGGUACUAUUGAGUUGUGUAAAGGCGUGAUUGAUACUUUGUCAUCAGCUCAAUUUCAUUUACGUAAAUUUAAAUCAAAUGAUUCUCGUAUCUUAUCAGCAAUAAUGUCAGAACGUGGCGACGCUUCCACUGACAAUAUGUUAGACUUAAAUAGUGACGUCAACACUUCAUCUAAAACAUUAGGUUUGCAAUGGUGUUGCAAUGUUGAUAUGCUUUCUUUUUCCAUUAAUAUUGACAUCUGUAGUAAAAUUACAAAGCGUCACGUGUUGUCGGUGGUAAGUCAAAUUUUCGACCCACUAGGCCUGGUAAGUCCGUGCGUUGUCGAAGCAAAAAUUCUCAUGCAACGACUUUGGAUCGACAAGUAUAACUGGGACGACGUAGUGUCUCAAGAACUUAGGGAUCUUUGGUCUUCCUGUACUAGUACUUUGUCUUCUCUUAAUCAGCUGAAGAUACCUAGAUUUAUUUCAUGUAGUGACUCAACAAAUAACGAAAUUCAUGUCUUUUGCGACGCUUCAGAGAAGGUUUACGGUGCGUGUCUUUAUAUCCGUUCAAUUAAAGCUUCAGGGUCUAUUUGCGUACGACUUUUGGCUUCAAAAAGUCGCAUAGCUCCUAUUAAGCCCACCACAAUACCGCGACUUGAGCUUUGCGGAGCGUUAGCAGCUACAAGACUGUGUACCAAAGUUCGUGACUCUCUAACCAUGCGUAUAGACAACGUUUAUUUCUGGUGCGAUUCCACACAAUAUUGGCGUGGUUGUCGACGUCGCCUAAUCGACUUAAGCCUUUUGUGCGCAACAGAGUCAACGAAAUUCAAGAGAGUACGAUUGGUUGUACUUGGAGCUACGUGCCGUCGAAGGACAACCCGGCGGAUCUUGUUUCCCGUGGGCUGAAGGCUGAUGCUAUCAGCACCAGUUCGCUGUGGUGGUCGGGCCCGUCUUAUCUAUUUAAAUCACAAGAAUAUUGGCCACAAAAACCCAAUAUGAAACAAGAUCUACCAGACGUAGUUUGUCAUGUAGUUAGUAGUAAUGUCGAUACGCUUCAUACUAAUAAAGCUCAUGGUAGUUCCAUAAUUCAUCAUCUUAUUACUAAAUAUUCAAAUUUACGCUAUUUACAAAGAGUAGUUGCUUACAUACUUAGAGCGAUAUAUAACUUUAAAAACAAAUCAAAUAAAAAUAUAGCUAAUCUUUCUAAUGAAGAACUACAAAUCUCAUUAAAUCUCAUUAUACAUAAUGCUCAACUUCAAAUGUUCCCCGAAGAAUAUUUUAUAUUGAAAUCAGGGAAGUCCCUACCACGUAGCAGUCGUCUUAUUUCAUUAACACCAUUUAUAGAUAGUAAUUCAAUUUUACGCGUUGGUGGUAGGCUUGACAACUCCCCAUAUGACUUUAAUAUAAAACACCCUAUAGUUCUUUGCAGUAAACACGCUUUGACUAAAUUAAUAUUCCAUUUUGAACAUUUGCAUCUCUUACAUGCUGGACCACAGCUCUUACUAACUCACAUACGCCAGAGUUACUGGCCCUUAGGAGGCAGAAAUCUGUCUAAGACUGUCGUCAGAAACUGCUUAAAAUGUUUUAGGUAUAGAGCACAAAAUGUUCAACCCAUCAUGGGUCAAUUACCUAAAACUCGUACUGAUUUACAAUUUCCUUUCUUGAAUUGUAGUGUGGAUUAUGCUGGGCCAAUUUUGAUCGCUGAUCGUAAAGGGCGAGGCUGUAAAUUAGUAAAAUCAUACUUAUGCAUUUUUGUGUGCCUUGCAGUAAAAGCUGUUCAUAUCGAGCUCGUCACCGCAUUGUCAUCGGAGGCGUACAUAGCUGCUCUCAAAAGAUUCGUGUCUCGUCGAGGCAAGCCCCGCAGCAUAUGGUCCGACAAUGGGACAAAUUUUGUUGGUGCUUGCAACGAACUCAAAGGCGUCCUUUCAAACUCAGACAUUGCGUCAUUCAUGUCUCAAGAAGGCAUAGAUUUUAAUUUUUCUCCACCUUAUUCCCCUCAUUUUAAUGGUCUGGCUGAAGCAGCGGUUAAGGCCACUAAAGGCCAUCUCAAAAAACUCCUCAGUCUUACUCACCUCACGUAUGAAGAAAUGUCUUCGUGCUUAUGUCAAAUUGAGGCCAUUCUAAAUUCCCGUCCACUUACUCCUAUUUCCUCUGAUCCGUUAGAUUUAACUGCCCUUACUCCUGCUCACUUUCUGAUUGGACGACCGCUCACGUCAGUUCCGCACCCGCAGAUUACCGACUGCAACAUCACGCGCUUGGAGCGCUACCAACGAGUGGAACUCAUCAGGCAGCAUUUUUGGAAGCGCUUUAUUAAUGAAUACAUUUCUCUGCUGCAGCAGAAAUCUAAAUGGUCCACCUCUACAGGGAGCUUGAUACCAGGGACGCUAGUCCUUGUGAAGGACAGGACGCUACCGGCUCUGUUGUGGCCUUUGGGCCGCAUUACCAAGACGUAUCCGGGCAGCGACGGCAUCACACGGGUCGCAGAGGUCAAGACGAGGACGGGGACCGUGGUGCGAGGCUUCAACUCCAUCUGCCCCCUCCCUCUUCAUUGAAGUACCCAUAUAUACUUCAACCCGGGCAGUCUGUCGAUGCACGGACAUCGACGAUCGCGCGGCGCGGGCGCCGGGAGGAGGACAGCGACGCGGGGUAGCGGAUGGACACCGGCUUCGUCACUUCGUGCAGCAACGCCGCCCGCGACACUUACUUGUUUAUCUUGUUUUACUUUUUUUAUAAACUUACCAAAUACUACA